CGGCUGCUUCCUGGUGGCUGCUGGAAAGACAAGAAGACACCGACUCUCGUCUUGCUGGAUGCAAAGACUCAUUGCGGUGCACCUCAUUCUCACUGAUCUGUCCUCGUCCGGCCUUGACACUGUUUGGACUCCGGCGCCACGAUGGGGUUCUUCCAAGACAGCAUUCUGGGUUUGCUCUUGCUGCACAUAGCAACUGGAGUGAUGGGUAGCCAACCCUGCAUCCAAAAGUUCUUUGGCCGGGACUCGAUGGUUUGCGUUUGCAACAGCACCUACUGCGACACGCAGGACCCUGUCUCCCUCCCGCCCGCCGGACACUUCGUCAAGUACGAAAGCAGCAGGUCAAGUAGCCGGAUGGAGCGCAGCGAAGGGAAAUUCCAGGGGGAAACGACCACCCCAGACCUGGUCCUGGUUCUGGAGCCGGCCCAGCGGUACCAAAUCAUCAAAGGCUUCGGGGGCUCCAUCACUGACUCGGUUGGCAUAAAUGUCCUCUCUCUGACACCAGAAACCCAGAACAAUCUACUGCGUUCCUACUUCUCAGAUGAAGGGAUCGAGUACAACCUGUUGCGCAUGCCGAUGGCAAGCUGCGACUUCUCCGUGCGCCCUUACUCUUACGACGACUCGCCGUACGACUUUGAGCUGAAGAACUUCAGCUUGGUUCACGAGGACAUCAAACUGAAAAUCCCCCUCGUUCACCGCGCCAAGGCUAUGUCUAAGAAACCCAUAUCCAUGAUGGCCAGUCCAUGGAGCUCUCCAAUUUGGAUGAAAACCAACAAUGCAUGGAACGGGAAGGGGUCCCUCAAAGGGCAGGCGGGAGACCGGUACCACAAGGCGUGGGCCAACUACUUUGUCAGGUUCCUGGAUGAAUACGCCAAGCAGAAUGUGACCUUCUGGGCGGUGACGCCGGAAAAUGAACCUAGCGCGGGGCUUCUGGAAAACUACCCCUUCCAGUGUCUGGGCUUCACAGCUGAGCAGCAGCGUGACUUUAUUGCUCUGGAUCUGGGCCCUGCCCUGGCGAACAGCUCCUACAAGGAUAUCCGGCUCAUAAUCCUGGAUGACAACCGCAUACAUUUGCCUAGCUGGGCCAAAGUGGUGCUGAGCGGAGACAGCCCAGCUCACCGUUACGUCCAUGGCAUUGCCGUGCACUGGUACCUGGACUUUAUUGCCCCCAUCGCCAACACAGUAGGAAUCACCCAACAGCUCUUCCCGGAUUACUUCCUGAUCUCCACCGAGGCCUGCACCGGGUCACACUUUUGGGAGAGGGACGUGGUCCUUGGCUCCUGGGAUCGGGGGAACCAGUACAGCCGCAGCAUCUUGGCGAACCUCAACCACCACGUCGCGGGCUGGAUCGACUGGAACCUGGCCUUGGAUCUGGAAGGGGGACCCAACUGGGUCAAGAACUUUGUGGAUAGCCCCAUCAUCGUGGAUGCAGGCAAUGAUAUUUUCUAUAAGCAGCCGAUGUUCUACCACAUGGGUCACUUCAGCAAAUUUAUUCCGGAAGGCUCCCAGCGCAUCGGGCUGAGCGUGGUGCAGAAAGGCUUGGGGUGCAGCCUGGAGCACGUGGCUGUACUUCGCCCCGACGGAGCUGCCGUGGUCGUUGUUCUUAACCGCUCCGGGUUCGACGUCUCCUUUGCCAUUUCCGACCUGGGUGGCCUUAUUCUGACCGAGAUCCCCGCCAACUCCAUCCAGACUUAUCUGUGGAAGCGCCAGUGAGCCCAGCGCUCGGGGUUUCGCCUCCCACACUUGGAAAACUGUGAGCUUCUUCAGCACGAUGCACGAUGAUAUCCAGGCCUGGUUUGAGGCCUGCCUCGCUUCCUCUCAGAUCCAGUGGGCCUUACUUGGUGGAUCUACUACUGACCAGGCCUGGUUUGGGAUCUACCUCAUUAACUGCCACGUAAAGCGGAUUUAAGUGGCGACGCUUUUGUUUCUGCUGCACUUUGGAAAUGAGCCAGACUGCAGGGAGACCUGAAGGAAAGAAAUGACCGGAAAUUCGUUCUCUUGCUCAGCGCAAGAAGAGGAACCACUCUGAGCACGAGAGCACCCAGAUUGG